AUAUAUAAACCCAAAAAUCAAAUUAAAAACAAAAAUUAAGAAAGUCCCCUCUUUCUCUAUCAUAAAAUUCUCAUCCAAACACACCACGAAGAGAAGGAAGAAAGAAGAAGAAAAUCACAUUUCUAGAGAGAGAAAAUUGAUGUUUUUAGAGAGAGAAAGUGAAGAAGAAGCACCAAUUCUAGAGAGAGAGGGUUGAAAAGUGAAGAUUUUGGGAGAGAAGUUGGAGUUUUUACAGAGAGAAAGUAAAGAAGAAUCACCAAUUCUAGAGAGAGAAAGUUGAAAAGUGAAGAUUUAGCGAGAGAAAGUUGGAGUUUUUAGAGAGAAAAUUGAAGUUUUAGAGAGAGAAAGUUGAAGUUUUUAGAGAGAGAAAGUGAAGAAGAAUCAAAAUCACAGAGAAAGUUAGUUUUUUGAGAGAAAAUUAAAGAAAACCACAAUUUUAGAGAGAGAAAUUGAGGCAGAUUCACAUUUCUAGAGAGAGAAAGUUGGAGUUUUUAGAGAUAAGUUGAAGUUUUUGGAGAGAGAAAGUGAAGAAGAAUCAACAAUUCUAGAGAGAGAAAGUUGAAGUUUUUAGAGAGAGAGAGAGGACGUGAGUUCUUCCGGAAGCUAAAUCCUCCUAUCGAUCUCCAGAAGGCAAUUGAUUUUUUUUUUUUUUUUUAUUUUUUUUUAAAUUUCUUUUUUGAUCAUGGGGAGAGGAAGAGCAACUCCGGCAGCUCCAGCAACUCCGGCGACUCCAGCGGUGGCGGCGAAGGUCAAUGGAUCUGCCGGAGUAUUGAAAGAGAUAAAGUUUCGCGGAGUUCGUAAACGUCCAUGGGGAAGAUUUGCUGCUGAAAUAAGAGAUCCAUGGAAGAAAACUAGGGUUUGGUUAGGUACUUUUGAUUCAGCUGAAGAUGCAGCUAAAGCUUACGAUAACGCAGCUCGUACUCUUCGAGGUCCUAAAGCAAAAACUAAUUUCCCUUUAUCUCCGUAUUAUAACCAACAUCAACAGAAUCAUCAUCAUCAAUAUGAUAUGUUAAUUAACCCGAACCCGAGAAUGUACCAUCAGGAGAAUCCGAUUGUUUGUCAAAGACCUACAUCGAGCGGUAUGAGUAGUACUGUGGAAUCAUUCAGUGGACCGAGGCCAAGGCCACCGCCACGUCAGCAAAUGGCGGUGGCGGCAAGGAAAUAUCCUCGAUCGCCUCCUGUGGAGCUGGAUGAUUGUAGGAGCGAUUGUGAUUCGUCGUCUUCUGUUGUUGAUGGUGAUGGUGGUGGUGAAGGUGAUAAUGGUGAUAGUGGCAAUAUUGUUUCGUCGUCUUUGAGAAAUCCAUUGCCAUUUGAUCUUAACUUUCCUCCACCGAUGGAUGGUGUUUAUGCUAACUCGAACGAUCUUUAUUGCACGGCGCUAUAUCUUUGAGGGAAAAUGGUGUAAAAGUUUCGUUCUUUGUAUCAUUUGAAACCCCCCAUUUGGCUACGUAGUUAAUUUAAUUGUUGAUCAAGAAAAGGGUGGAAAGGAAAAAAAAAAAUUACUGCUUUAAAGCUAUAGAUAUGAGUCUGUUGUUGCUGGAAGAGAUUUUAACUCUUCGAUUUACUUAUCCUAUUUAAUGUCAUGGUAUUUCAUCAUAGAUGGAUCGAGGUGUCUGAUAAUUGAUCUGAUUAUGUUUCCAAGAACUAUAUAUGAGUUCUGGGAUAAUGUAGUCGAUUUAUAUACAUUGACAUGUAAAAUUAGAGGGAACUUUCAGUUCUGUGUUGUACUAUUAUGAUGAGAGUUGUAGCGUCUUUGAUGUAUGAUGAUAUGUACUCUCUCAUUACUUUAUGUAAGAAUCAAGAGUUUAUCUAAUCAAAUACUGUUAGUUUA